GCGCUGAACCCACGUGUGACGCUAGCGCUCCCGGUUCGGUAAUAUUCCUUGAGCUGGGGCUGCAGUGCCCGUGUGUGUGUGUGUGUAUGCGUGUGUUUGGAGUUGGUUGGGCUUUGAGCUAUGGAAGCGGACGCGAGUCAAGUCACCUCUGGAAGCCCGAGUGAUUCACUACACGACCCGGGUAAGAUGUUUAUCGGUGGCCUCAGCUGGCAAACCUCACCAGACAGCCUUAGAGACUAUUUCAGUAAAUUCGGGGAGAUCAGAGAAUGUAUGGUGAUGCGCGACCCCACCACCAAACGCUCCAGAGGGUUUGGCUUCAUCACGUUUGCAGAUGUUUCCAGUGUAGAUAAAGUCUUAGCUCAACCACACCACGAAUUAGACUCCAAGACGAUUGAUCCCAAGGUCGCCUUUCCUCGACGCGCCCAACCCAAGAUGGUCACAAGAACAAAGAAGAUAUUUGUGGGUGGAUUAUCCGCGAGCACAGUCGUUGAAGACGUGAAACAGUAUUUUGAACAAUUUGGAAAGGUUGAGGAUGCCAUGCUGAUGUUUGAUAAAACCACAAACAGACAUAGAGGCUUUGGCUUCGUAACUUUCGAGAAUGAAGACAUUGUAGAGAAAGUCUGUGAAAUUCAUUUUCACGAAAUCAAUAAUAAAAUGGUAGAAUGUAAGAAGGCCCAGCCGAAGGAGGUGAUGUUUCCUCCAGGCACGAGGGGGAGGGCGAGAAGUCUUCCGUACACCAUGGACGCCUUCAUGCUUGGCAUGGGCAUGCUGAGUUAUCCAAACAUUGUGGCAACAUACGGUCGUGGAUACACAGGAUUUUCUCCAAGCUACAGCUAUCAGUUUCCAGGUUUCCCAGCGACGACGUACGGACCCGUGGCAGCGGCGGCGGUGGCGGCGGCACGAGGCCCAGGUAGGACGACCCCGGGAAGAAGCAGCUACAUGAACGCAGGGCCAGGGUUCCCCGAUUACGGCUUUUAUUCUGGCCCCGGUGACCAGCGGGCCGCUCCCUGCUCCUUUGCCGACUACGCCACCUUGGGGCCGCAUACGGGUCAGAUGCUGCAAAGUGAGCACGUCACCUCCACCUGCAACUCACCCUCCCAGCACCACCCAAGCCCGGACCACUUCAAGAGCUCAGGUGCUAACCCUCCCCGACCUGGAGGUUUCCCCGUUGCAAACAGUCCUGGACCCGUGGCAGACCUGUACGGCCCCAGCAGUCAGGACUCAGCUGUGGGAAAUUACAUCAGUGCUGCCAGCCCCCAGCCGGGCUCCGGGUUCAAUCACAGUAUCGCAGGUCCUUUGAUCGCCACAGCUUUUACAAAUGGAUACCACUGAAAGCGAAGAUGCAGCACCAACUCAUUGAAGAAUUCAUCUGGAGGCCCUGGGAAAAUGGGCAGAGUCUCUGAUUGGUUCAUGUACAGUGGAUGUCAUAAAGACUUCAAGCACUACAGGUUCUGAUUGGUGAAAGGACAAGGGGAUGUGGGCCCGAAUAAAGAAGAAAAACAUCUCAGAAAACACAACAUCAGAACUGCUGUUAACAGUAAUCCAGCCCUCCGGUCACCACAGGACUCACUGCUUUCCUUUUUUGUCCCCUUUCUGUAUGCGUUUUAAAUGACUUCGGCUUUUAGAGAAAAAUACGUAGAUGAAUGAAUCAUUCAGUUGCGAUCGUCACGAUUCUUUUAAGGUUCUUUGCUCAUUUUAAGUGUGGUCAGACUCAAUUUUGAUGCCAGUUAAAAAAAAAAAAAAAACUAAUAUUUUGCACACUUGGACAGACGCCGCACUGAAAGACACCACGCCAUUCAUCCAUUGAAAAAAAAAGGAGAAAAAAAAGAAAAUUACUUAAUCUUAGUAGCUGUUUUUAAUUGUGAAGUCUCUUUGUUGAUCAUAAUGACCUAUUUUUGGGCAAUACAGAGGGAGAGGACUCCAAUAUUUUUAUGGUCCUUUUUAUAUAUAUAUAUCUAUAUCUAUCUAUCUGUGUUUGUUGUUGUUGUCAUUUAGGGAAAAAAAGUAUACUGUAACAUUUGUUUUCAAACAUGGUGGUUUCAAAUAUAAGAGAAAGAAAUGUAUCUGUAAAUAUUCACUGCAUAUAACCAGUUCAGGGUGAAAUUAAUUGACGUAUGAUGGUUAAAAAAAUAUAUAUAAUUAGCGUACACACACGACAUGAGCUGAAUCAUUUUACAGGUGUGAUACCAGCAUACUCCGUUUCAGAAACACCACUCCCGUCCAAAGCACACUGUGUGUUAGUGAUCAACGAGAGGACGUUUUCCUGUGACAUUUUUAUACUCUUUAGAAGAAAAAAAACAAAAAAGAAACUUACUAUGUUGUCUCUCGUUGUUAAUGUUGUCUAAUAGAGGACGUUCCUCUUGAUUUUGGAACCUGUCGUGGACUGUACGUGAACGAAGCCGUUUAUUUGACUUUUGACUGAAGCAAACAAACAUUUUGAAUGAAUCAUACCUCAGUCCUGUGAGAUUUAAUUUAUUCUGAGUAAAUCAAGUGUACGGAGGAAGCUAAAAGAAUGGCGGUUUUCUCUUUGCACAUGCUAGCUGUCACGAGUGACCUUACGGAGAUUUGAUGUAUGAAAAAUUGUUGCUUUUUAUUUUUUUGCCACUGGCGUCCAGGUUGAGAAGCCAAACGAAAAGCAAUCUAUUACUGGUGUGCUCCGAUUCCAUUUCAAGGACAUUUUAUCUGAAAUAUUGACAUAUUUUAAUAUACAGCCAGUUGAAGACACUGAAAAAAAAAAAUGUGUUGACCCGAAACCCAGUUGAAAAGCUGUUUUAGGUCAAACAUAUAUAUAUAAAUAGCAAAUUUUUUAUGUUAAAUGAUCUGAUAUGUAUAUUCUGAUGUAAAUGUGUCUUUCUUUUUCCUGCUGCAGAUGUAAACUGUUUUAUUUGGUGUAGUGUGGCGGCUCUAAACGCCAGCGCCUCGAAAACAUUUAUAGAGCCAGUCACGUAAUAAUAUUUAAACAAACGAAGGGAACGGAGCGAGGGAAGAAAACUAUUGUAAUGUUCAAAUGUAAAAAACAAAAAAACAAAUUAAAAAUGAAACCAAGAUGUUUGUUCAGUGA